GUAUAAUGUAGCUCAUUUGGAUGAGUUAGUUUAGAUAGAGUUUCCUGAGCUAGAUAGUUUGAGAACGAACGGAGCCUGGCAACGCGGGCUCGUCAUGUGAGGUUUGAACCUAGUAUCACUGCAUAAGAUAUUGCCAACAAUUGUUAACACGACAGCCUGUACCGGCCCAUAUGGCAAAUUAUCUCAUUUCUCUUUUGUUUCUUUCUUACCCCAGGUGCAAAGUAGUAUGUCUGAAGAAGAAAAGUGGUGGCAUCCAAACAAAUUACCACCAAGUGGUUACCAAUCCAAUAUUGCUCAAGAUCAUGAUAGAAAAUCAUUUUAUCCAUUCAAUAGUGAAUUGGGUUAUAGAAUUUUCAAAAGAAUAAUAGAAAUGAAGCGAACAGGUAUAGAACAGCAAAACAAUCAAGAAAAUACAUAUCGUCCAAAAUAUGUUACUCAAAUGAAUAAAGAUGAGCGUUUUCUUUUGAAGCAAGGUGUUUGUUCGCAGAAACCUAACUCAAUUUCGUCAAGUUCUUCAUUCAAUCAAUUUACAACCUUAAAAAAUAUUCCAGAAUUUCAUUUAAAUCUAAAAUGUGAUAUCGAUGAUCUAGAGGAAUCGUAGUUGGAGUGGUAUUUGUGUUGUGAAAGGAAAUUCUUGUCACAUUAUGUUGAAUAUAUUGUGUUUGGUUAAAUAAAUAUUCAUUAAAAUGUACUGAGAUGUAUUUCUUGUUUCUUUCUUCUUCAAGUCCAUUGACAAAUGUAACCAGGUUCAGGAGUAAUUCGAAUUUAUAAAGGUAUUCAUUUGACUAAGCGAAGAAUCAGAUUUAAAAUAACAACUCCUAAAAUUGAGUGACUAAUUAGAAAUGGUACCACAUAUAUUUAUUGCCUUAUAAAGAAGUAAGUAAAACCGUACUUACCUACUUACUGUUGCACUCCGUGGAUGAACGUAAGUCGCUCAACAACAUUCUCCAUCCAACUCUUGUCGCGUGGCGUCCAGUCGGGAUUGACUAUGAACACCGCUACCAAUAAAACACGUGCCAAGUUGAUCAGAAGGCGAAGGUUGAACGUAACCAAAUAAAUCCUUAAGAUCCCCGAGAAGCCAAAUAUCAGAAGGCAAUUAAUAGACCAAAUCGAGAUAUAUAUUCGCUGGCGAUCUCGUGGCAUCGAAAGGAUACCAAGAUCGUGCCAGGAUACAAGCUUGGUUACAGAACGUAACCGAAUUCGCGCGAAGUUACAAUCAAAGGGUGUGUAUAACAAUGGAAGCAAAAUAUAGCUGUCAUUGGCACAGUCAAACAAAAGCACAUUAAAACAAACACUGGUACAGUUGGUUAUAAUAAUAAUUGUUUUUAUUAAACCAGUCGUGUUCUCGUGAUAAAUGUGAGUCACUACACUCUUUCCUAAGCAAUCAUUUCCAGUUGUUAUUCAUCCUUUUAAUGUCUGCUUCGAAUUCCAGACAAAGUGUGCUAUUUGACCUUCCCUUUCUUUUGCAUCAGGGAUUCCAAGUUAGUUC